GUAUUACCAGCCGGCCCCGAGAGGCCCGGCCUCGGGCCCGGCCCGCUUAGCCUGCGGCCCAUGGUGCUGCCCCCCUGCCCCAUGGCGGAGUUUGCGCUGCCGCGGCACAGCGCGGUCAUGGAGCGCCUCCGCCGGCGCAUCGAGCUGUGCCGGCGCCACCACAGCACCUGCGAGGCCCGCUACGAGGCCGUGUCUCCCGAGCGCCUGGAGCUCGAACGCCAGCACACCUUUGCGCUCCACCAGCGCUGCAUCCAGGCAAAGGCCAAGCGCGCCGGCAAGCACCGGCAGCCGACCGCUCCGGCCCCGGCGCCCACCGCGGCUCAGCGCCUGGACGCCGCCGACGGACCCGAGCACGGACGCCCGGUCACGCAUCUCCAUGACACAGUGAAGAGGAAUCUUGACAGUGCUACCUCUCCCCAGAAUGGUGAUCAGCAGAAUGGCUAUGGAGACCUCUUUCCUGGGCAUAAGAAGACCCGCCGGGAAGCUCCUCUGGGAGUGUCCGUCUCUGCCAAUGGUCUGCCUCCAGUCUCCCCACGUGGGCAGACUGACAAGCCUCCUGGUGGAGAUGCCCACCAGCCUAGUGGGAAACACUCAUUGGUCCUUGAUUCCGCAAACAAAAAGUCUCUGGCUGACUCAAGUCUCCAUUUGAAUGGAGGCACUAACCCCAGUGAGUCCUUCCCUAUGAGCUUGAACAAAGAGCUAAAGCAGGAGCCUGUUGAUGAUCUGCCUUGCAUGAUUGCUGGGGCUGGAGGCUCCAUGUCACAAAAUAAUCUCAUGCCUGACCUGAACCUGAAUGAACAGGAGUGGAAGGAGCUCAUUGAGGAGUUGAAUCGGUCAGUGCCUGAUGAAGACAUGAAGGAUCUCUUCAAUGAGGACUUUGAAGAAAAGAAAGACCCAGAGUCUUCGAGUUCGAACACACAGACCGCAUUGGCACAGGACAUUAAUAUUAAGACUGAAUUCUCCCCAGCAGCCUUUGAGCAAGAACAGUUAGGCUCUCCACAAGUGAGAGCUGGGUCUGCAGGACAGACCUUCAUGGGGCCUUCAUCCACCCCUGUGAGCACAGCCUCCCCUAGCCUUGCGUCCUCCCAGACCAUGUUUCACACGCCUGGGCAGCCUACACCAGAAAGUACCAAUGCAAACCUGAUGCCAGCAUCAUCACAGACUCAAAAUGUACAGAGAGCUCUUUCUGGGGUGGUGCUCCCCAGCCAGGGCCCUGGAGGGGGUACAGAGUUAUCCUCCGCCCACCAGCUCCAGCAGAUUGCUGCCAAGCAGAAACGUGAGCAGAUGCUUCAAAACACACAGCAAGCUGCCCCGGCCCAAGCCCCAGGUCAGAUGUCCACAUGGCAGCAAACAGGAUCUUCCCACAGUCCCUUGGAUGUUCCUUAUUCUAUGGAGAAGCCUCCUAGCCCUCCCAGCUACCAACAAGAUUUCAGUAGCUCCAAAUUGCUCAUGAUGCCCAGCGUGAACAAGAGUUCUCCUCGGCCUGGAGGCCCUUACAUCCAGCCCAGCCAUGUAAACCUGCUGAGUCACCAGCCACCAAGUAACUUGAAUCAGAACUCUGUGAAUAACCAAGGGCCUGUGCUGGACUAUGGCAAUACAAAACCCCUUUCUCAUUACAAAGUGGACUGUGGGCAAGGAAGCCCUGGGGCUGGCCAGAGCAAGACAGCUAUGCUAGCUUAUCUACCCCAGCAGCUGCCUCAUAUGAACACCGAGCAGAACCCCUUGUUUCUUAUGAAACCAAAGCCAGGAAAUAUGCCUUUCAGGUCGUUGGUUCCACCUACCCAGGAGCAGAACCCUCCUAACAUCCCUCACGCGUCCACAUCUGUGCCAACGCAGGCCACUAGUGUGGGGACCCAGCCACCAGCUGUGUCUGUGAGCAGCACUCACAACAGCACUCCCUAUCUUAAUAGCCAGCAGCAGGCAGUGGUAAUGAAACAGCAUCAGUUGCUUUUAGACCAACAGAAGCAAAGAGAACAGCAGCAAAAGCACUUGCAGCAGCAGCAACAGCAGCAGCAGUUCUUGCAAAGGCAACAGCACCUUCUGGCAGAACAGGAAAAGCAGCAAUUUCAACGCCAUCUGACACGCCCACCACCCCAAUAUCAAGAUCCAACACAGAACACCUACCCACAACAGGUUGGACAGUUUGCAGGGUCUUCUGCUGCUGUGCCUGGCAUGAAUAACUUGGGCCCAUCCAACUCCAGCUGUCCUCGAGCAUUCCCUUCAACUGGGAAUCUCAUGUCAAUGGGCCCUGGACAUGGUGCAGUUUCCUCAUUGCCCUCCAGCUCAAGCCAGCAGGAUCGGGGUAUGACUCAGUUUGCUGGCUCUCAGAACAGCCUCUAUGGCAUGACCUCGGGCAUAAACCAGAUAGUUGCCCAGCCUCCCCCACAGGCCACCAAUGGACACGCCCACAUUCCACGGCAGGCCACCGUGGUUCAGAACACCUCAGUCUCAGCUGCUUAUGGACAGAACUCUCUGGGGAACUCUGGCCUCUCCCAGCAGCACAGUAAAGGGGCCCUUAAUUCCGCUUUAAGUAAGCCACAAGUCCCAAGGGUUUCAGCAGCCAUGGGUGGCCAAAACCCAUCAUGGCAACAUCAAGGAAUGCCAAACCUGAGUGGUCAGACCCAAGGGAACCCCAGCGUAAGCCCUUUCACUGCUGCCUCCAGUUUCCACCUGCAGCAGACCCAUCUGAAAAUGUCCAACCCACAGUUCUCACAGGCAUUGCCCAACAGACCAAUGGCCCCCAUGAACUCAACAGCUGCAGCAGCUUCCAUGCUGCCCUCUAUGAACACCCAGCAGAGGACCAGCGCUCCUGCACCACCACCUCCACAGGGACCCUCACCACAGGUCCUGACAGGCUUGAGCCAAGCCGUGCCUGAGCUGAGCACAUUCAGCCAGAACUCAGCCCCACAGAUAGGGGGCCGGGCAGGGCUGCACUGUGCCCAGAGCUACCCAGUGCGGACCACAGGCCAAGAGCUGCCCUUUGCCUACAGCGGGCAGCCAGGCAGCAGUGGACUGCCCAGUAUGGCUGGGGACACGGACCUGAUUGACUCCCUGCUGAAAAACAGGACUUCAGAAGAAUGGAUUAAUGAUUUGGAUGACCUUCUAGGAUCACAGUAA